GACCGUGAGGUGGCCGUCUUUAACGACAUGGACAAGUGGUAUGCAGUCGAUGCUCAUUGCUAUCACGCCGGUGGUCCUCUGGACGCGGGAGACAUUGAGGAUUUUGAUGGGCGCACUUGCAUUCAAUGCCCCAUGCAUCAUUUCUUGAUUGAUCUGGCUACCGGGGAAGGCUUGCACCAAGCCGUGGUGUCAUCCCGUCGCAGUUCCUGUGGCAACUUUGAGACCAAGGGCAUCAAGCAGCGGUGCCACAAGGUUGAGGCUCGGGAUGGACACGUUUUUGUGACCCUCUCCACGGAAGGGGAGGUGGACAGCGACUUUUACUCGUCU